CUCUCCCAAGAAUAUUCAGGCCACCCAUCCACCCAAAAAUGGCACCAACACCACCGUGUCUCCCCCACCUAUGUUUCCUUGUAUGUAUAUUAUUUGUAUCUAUAUCUAUAUCUCACUCAGUUCCAACACAGCCAAAAACAUACAUCGUCCACACUGACAAAUCCUCAAAACCAACAGCCUUUGCAACACAUCAUAGUUGGUACUCAUCUAAGGUUAAAUCAGUCAACCCGUUACACCAAGCGUCCGAUAUUUUAUACACAUACGAACGCUCGGUGAACGGGUUUUCUGUUAAGUUAACCCGAGCCCAAGCGUCACAGCUCCGUAGUCAACCCGGGAUCAUUUCAGUGAUCCCGGAUCGCAGGAGAUCACUCCACACUACUCACACACCAACUUUUUUGGGCUUAGCCGAUACUUAUGGGCUAUGGCCCAACGCAGAAUACGGAGAUGAUGUUAUUAUAGGCGUUCUGGACACUGGGAUCUGGCCCGAACGCCCGAGUUUUGAUGAUGAGGGACUUUCACCUGUUCCAACUACAUGGAAAGGUAGUUGUGAUGUUAGUUCCGAUUUUCCCGCAUCUGCUUGUAACAAAAAGAUUAUCGGUGCUAAGGCGUAUUUUCGCGGUUAUUAUGCUAGUUCUGGUGACAAUAUUAUUAAUUCGACUAGCACCUUUUUAUCUCCUAGAGAUACGGAAGGUCAUGGAACGCAUACGGCGUCAACUGCGGCUGGUGCUGUGGUCAAAGAUGCAGGGUUUUAUAAUUUUGCUAGAGGUGAAGCGAGAGGUAUGGCUAUAAGAGCUAGGAUUGCGGCUUAUAAGAUAUGUUGGGAAAACGGUUGUUACGAUUCGGAUAUUCUAGCUGCAAUGGAUCAAGCAAUCGAAGAUGGUGUACAUAUUAUAUCUCUAUCGGUUGGAGCCAACGGCUAUGCUCCUCAGUAUUAUCGCGAUUCGAUUGCUAUAGGUGCUUUUGGUGCUAUGCAACACGGAAUAUUGGUUUCUUGCUCUGCAGGUAAUUCUGGACCUGAUGCAUAUACUGCUGUAAAUAUUGCUCCUUGGAUUUUUACUAUUGGUGCUUCUACUUUGGACCGGGAAUUUCCGGCUGAUGCGAUUCUUGGUGAUGGGAGAGUUUAUGGCGGUGUGUCGCUUUACUCUGGGGAAGGACUUGAGGAAAAACAGUACCGGUUGGUUUAUGGGGCGGAUUGUGGGGAUAGGUAUUGUUAUUCUGGAAAACUAAAUGCCAGUUUAGCGGCUGGGAAAAUUGUGGUUUGUGAUCGUGGAGGGAAUGCUAGGGUUGAUAAAGGAUUUGCGGUUAAGUUAGCUGGUGGUGUAGGGUUAAUUCACACGAAUUUAGACGAAAAUGGUGAAGAGUUGCUCGCGGAUGCUCACGUUAUUCCCGCGACUAUGCUUGGUGCUACGGCUGGAGAUAAGGUGAAGGAGUAUGUGAGAUCUGAUCCGUCGCCAACUGCGACUAUUGUGAUCAGAGGGACGGUGAUUGGAAAAUCACCGUCUGCACCACGUGUGGCGUCAUUCUCUAGUCGUGGUCCGAAUUAUCGGACUGCAGAGAUCAUUAAACCGGAUGUUAUUGGUCCUGGGGUUAAUAUUUUAGCUGGUUGGACCGGUGAAACUAGCCCGACUUCAUUGGAUACGGAUUCUAGACGGGUCGAGUUUAACAUCAUAUCCGGGACUUCGAUGUCGUGUCCUCAUGUGAGUGGUUUGUGUGCUUUGUUACGUAAGGCUCACCCGACGUGGUCGCCUGCUGCAAUAAAGUCGGCUUUGAUGACCACGGCUAAGUAUUUGGACAACAUUGGGGAAAAUAUUACGGAUCUUGCUACAGGCGAGCAAUCCACACCAUUUGUUCAUGGGUCAGGGCAUGUCGACCCGAACAGAGCCCUUAACCCGGGGUUAGUGUAUGACGCCGGGGCUGAUGAUUACGUGGCAUUCCUUUGUGCCAUUGGAUAUGAUUCCAAGAAAAUAGCAACUUUUGUGAAGGAUCCAGUGGAUUGUAGUGUUGGUAAGUUGAGUAGUCCUGGUGAUCUGAACUAUCCAUCUUUUUCGGUUGUGUUUGAUUCCCAAAAAGGCGGAGUUGUGAAGUACAAGAGGGUAGUAAAAAAUGUAGGCGGUGAGGUCAAUGCGGCUUAUAAGGUAAGUGUGAGUGCUCCUCCAGGAGUAGAUGUGGUUGUAUCGCCAUCGAAGUUGGAGUUUAGUGAAGAGAAGAAAGAGGUUGAAUACGAGAUCAUGUUUACUUCAAGCGUUGGUACAAAGGCUGCAUUUGGUUCAAUCGAGUGGAGCGAUGGAACACACCAUGUGAGAAGCCCGAUCGCGGUUCAAUGGAGCUCGAGUCAAUGGCAAACGAGCAUGUAAUUUCAGCAUUUUAUUUUUCCAAAUACUGGCUUUAUUAAACAGAAAGAAAGAUGCUGGUUUGUUAAGUCUUUCUGGUUGAUAACAAGAGAUAUGUGCAAUAUGGGUUGUAGUUCUAGACUUUGGAUUAGUUGGUAAGUUAUUUAUCAUCAAAAGAUCCUAUGGGUUUUUAGAUGGUAAAACCAUAUGUCUUUACUUUUAAUUUAAGUUUGAUUUUCAUCAAAAUAAUGUAUGUAUCACUUACUCUCUUGUUAAUGUAAAAAUAGAAAAACAAGUUAAAGAAA